AUGAAUUUUAUCAAACAUGUGGUUCAGGCGCGUGAGCGACAACUAUCGGAAGCUCGUCGUUUGGCUUCCCUUCAGAAGCGUCGUGAAAUGAGAGAAGCAGGAUUGCUUGUACGAAGAUUCAAAAGGCUAAAGAAAAAUGCAAUUGACUACAGUGGAGAGAUUCCUUUCGAGAAAGCAGUUCCUGCUGGUUUUCAUGAUCCUACAGAGGAUCGUUUAGAUAGGGAGGAUAAGCACCAAAAAGCAAUUGCCGAUCACCAAAAACCACGGAGAAUGGAAGUCGAGAAUGAGUUACGGAAACAGGACAAGGAAAAGCUCAAGAGAAAAAAGCCAGAAGAUGAACCGGAAUCAAUAUUUAAAACAAAGGAGAAAAAAAGGAGCAAAUUGAUUUUACCCGCACCUCAAAUUAGCGAUCGCGAAAUGGAGCAAAUCAUCAAGAUUGGGCAUGCUAGCGAUAGCGUUCGCCAGUACGCUGAUGGCGGGGCAACGAGUUCGCUUCUUACUGAUUAUGCUGCAUCCGCUCGCGCCAAUGCAGUUGCCUCACGUACAGCUCGGACGCCUGCUGCAAGAGAUACAGUACAGAUGGUAAGAGCGAUAUUCUACAUAUGA